UAUAUAAUAACGCAGAAAACAUUUCUCUGUGUCGGAGCCUUGCUCCCCUGUCCCACCAGAAGGACCUCUGGUGCCUGUGUUGUUUGUCUCUUGGCCUGCAUCGUUCCCUCCUGCAGGAAUCUCCUGGACCUGCUGUGGCCAGACUGCAGCAAGUUGGCAUGUGAACAGGGACUUGACAGAGUGACUGGUGCGACACCAUGGAUCAACCGCACAAACCGCCGACUCCAAUGCCCUGCCCCCCACCAAGGGAACCUCUGCCAACACCUCCAGGGACACCACUGUUCCUGUCCCAUGACAAACCAGAAUCACUGAUCCUGCCGCUGAAGAUGAUACAAUUCCAUACUGGUUCCUCCUCACGCCACACUAAACCCCACCACAUAACUGCUGUGUUCAAUCCCCCUUUGUGCUUUUAAUGGAUAAAGGGAAAGGAAAACUUGACAUUAUCCAGAGUACUAAUGGUAUUGGAAUAAUAUAUCACAUCGUUUGUAAAAAUUGUACUUUAACCAAUUGUAUUUCCACUCUGCUACUGGAUGAAACUGUGGUUAUAUUACAACAACCUCCUUUUUCUGAGAUGUCAUGCUGAAUAUCAGUGGAUUUAUGUCACUCUCUUAGAAUAUAGUGAAACCUGUAUACUUGGGAAAGAAUUCUAAUACAUCUUAUGGGAGUAUGGAAUAAUAGUGAUAUUAGUUAAGAUCUUUCCUCUUUGCAUCAAAAAAUACAGGCUAUUUCUCAUUCAGGGUCAUCUCUCCUCCCCACUUCUGAAGUGACAUCUGAUGUACGUAAAAUUAAAACCCUUGUUCAGGAUCAUAACUUCGUGACAUUUGUUUAUAAUGUUGCCAUUAUUUGAGGAAUAGUUCUGAUUUUUGUUGUUCUCCUUCCAGUCAUCAUCUGAGCCCUCUUCUGAGGAAUCCAAUCUGCACAGAUAGGUAUCAAGAUACUACAAUUAAAAAGCAAAAAGGGAGAGAUGCUGGAGACCUUCCAAUGCCAGUUCCUUGACAAAGUCAGGACUGGCAGUGGAUAUCUGCAAAGCAGGGACCACACGGGAUGGGUGUGCGGCCUCUCUCUCUACUCUCUAUUAAUCAUAGCUUUCCAGAUAUUCACUGUGCUAUUGAUAAUGAUGGUUGGGAACGUGAAGGAUCAGAACUGAAAGUAGUUAAGGAAUCAGAGCCCAGGAUGAAAGGCACCCCUCCAGGGUUGAAAGGGGAAGUAAAAUCCACCACAGAGAUUUGCGUCAGUCCCCUACCUCCUGUGUGGCAAUGUUCGCCCACUGGAGUGGGAGGGGAGCGCUGGGUGGGCCUAGUGCGUGGGAAAACAUUAGGUGAAGACCCUGUGUGCGCUGAACUGGCUCUAGAUGGAGAUAUUGUAAGUGUGGGUCCUGUUGUCCAGUAGACAGGUGAACAAUUCUGUGAAAAAUUAUACCUAAUCAAGAACACCUAGCGAUUGAUCAUUUUGCUUUCUUUUAUGUGCUUUAGAAAAGUUGAUUUCCCACUAGGGUUGUGGCCAGACGGUCAGUCAACCAUGUCUGAAUCUGUAACUAAAAUAGAAACCUCACUGUAUCUAAGAAUUUCACAUGUCAUUGCAAAAGUAUAUAAUAAAGCAAAAACAUUCCUCUGUGUCAGAGGAGCCUUGCUCCCCUGUCCCACCAGAAGGACCUCUGGUGUCUGUGUUGUUUGUCUCUUUGCCCCUGUCAUUCUCUCCUGCAGGAAUCUCCUGGACCUCCUGGGGCCAGACCAUGGCAGACAGCAAAUUGGGGAUGGAAGACACAUCCUGGAUGUGGAUGGAAUCAACCAAUAGGCUUGUAGCCUGGGUGGAAUAAAAAGGGAAAGAAUAAGAAAGGGCUCCCUUUUUUGAAGAAUUUCCAGUCAUCACCCUUGCCUUUGGACACUUGUUCCCAGCUUGUUUAACCUUCCAGUGCAGACUCUUCCACCUCCCAAGACUCACAGCUCUGUCUCUACAGGUUCCAAGGCGUUACAGUCUUCAACUGGGAUAUGAUCCUCUGCCUCUCCCAUGUAGACCCAGUCAUUUUAGAUUUGUCCACCUCUGAUCCACAGAUAGCCACUGAGACUCUAAUGCUUCUGAUCCUUGGAAGAGGAUAUCGCAAAGGCAACUGAUGGUGUCAUUCCACACAGAGCUGCAAAUCAGGUUCUCUCACCAGAGAGAUGGGAAAUAAAAACAACGUGACAGAAUUCAUUCUUUUGGGACUUACAGGGAACCCAGACCUGCGGAAACUAUUUUCUGCCGUGUUUCUAAUCAUGUACAUGGUCAUCGUGUUGGGAAACCUGCUCAUCAUGGCAACCGUGAUCACCAGUCCGAGUCUGAGAUCACCUAUGUACUUUUUCCUCACCUUUCUGUCCCUUUUGGAUGUCACUUACUCUUCUGUCAUUGCCCCUAAGCUGAUUGUGGACUCCCUCUCUGAGGCCACCACCAUCUCCUUCGAAGGCUGCAUGACCCAGCUCUUUGCAGAGCACUUCUUCGGCGGCGUGGGGAUCAUCAUCCUCCUUGUGAUGGCCUAUGACCGCUAUGUGGCCAUCUGCAAGCCUCUGUACUACCUGACCAUCAUGAGGCCUUGCAUAUGUCGCUCGCUACUGGGGGCAGCUUGGGUAGGAGGAUUGCUGCAUGCAACCAUUCAGCUUCUCUUCGUGUACCAAAUACCUUUCUGUGGCCCCAAUGUCAUAGAUCACUUUAUAUGCGACUUGUUUCAGCUGCUGACCCUGGCCUGCACGGACACCUACACCCUGGGCCUCUUGGUCAUCCUCAACAGCGGCAUCAUGUGCAUGGCGAUCUUCCUUAUUCUCAUUGCCUCCUACGUAGUCAUUUUAUGCUCUGUGAAGUCUCACAACUUCGAAGGGAGGCGCAAGGCCAUCUCCACCUGCGGCUCCCACCUCACGGUGGUCGUGCUGUUCUUUGUGCCGUGUAUUUUCUUGUACGUGAGGCCUGUGGCUACGUACCCCAUUGACAAAGCAAUGGCUGUGUCAGAUUCCAUCAUCACGCCCAUGCUGAAUCCCCUGAUCUACACACUGAGAAAUGCAGAGGUGAAAAAUGCCAUGAAGAGACUGUGGGUGAAACCAGAGACUUCGACUGCUAGCUAACGUCUGCUGUGAGCAGCAUGUUUGCCAUAACAUGUGAUUAAUCUUCUGCAAAAGGGAAGUGGACCGAGAGGUGGGCGGGGAAAGGAGGGAAGGAGCAGAGGGAGU